CGCUGUGGAUUUACGCGCUCGCUCCCAGCUCCAGUCCAGCGCAGUUACCGAGGGUGACACGUAGGCCCGUGUGCGUAUUCCGAGUUUCUCAAGCAGGUACCGUUGGGCCGGGGCAAUAAUGGCAGCCAGUGUCGGACUGUCCAUGAAUCCGCCGCACAUGACAGAAGAGCGGGCGGUUUUCGCGCAGCUGAAGCCGGUGCGGAUGUCCGGGGCGGACGGCGCCGAGGACGCGGCCGUGUUUGAGGACGUCAAGCACGCGGCUCGACUAGAAUUGGACAAGUACCUUCCCCAGACCAGCACGCCUCUCAUAAGCCCUUUAAUCGAUGCCAAUGACAAGAAAUACAGACGCGAGAGUGCCUCCGUGGUGGACGAGUACUUCUCGGAGGAAAAGCCUGCCACCCCUUACAGCCUCAACAUCAACGUCAUCCUUCCCAGUACCACCCACCUCCGCACGGGCCUCUAUAGGCACAACACCAAGACCCUCACCCCACAGCAGAUCAAGACAGAGCCCGGGCUAGAGGUUCCCUGCUCCAUCUCUACAACCACCCAAGCCCUUCCGGACUUCACCUCUGUCUUCAGCGUGCCGCCUGUGGUCAACAACGUUUUCAUAAAGCCUGACAUGAGCUCUGGGGGCGUGGUGAGCGUCAACGCAGGGCCUCAGCAACAGCCAAAUUUGCACACAGAGCUCCAAAUCGGGCCCCAACCUCCGCAGCCACAGGUAUACCACAUGCCCAUCACCGGCUGCUCUGACCUCACCAUGACCCUGUCACAUACCAGCCCGUCAGCGCAAGACUCCACCGGCGGCAGAACCAUGCUGAAUCUCGGCAGCGUCGCUUUGCCGACGGCCAACAGCAGCUACAUGAUGGCAGAGCACCAGGUGCAGCAGCAUCAGGGGUACUACCAAGCCUCUCCGCAUGGUGCGCUCCAACAAACGGCACCGCACAGCCUGCCGCCAUCACCACCAAACUCACAGCCGGGGAGCCCAGACGGCCAGGCGGAGCUGCUCAGCUUAGCACCGCACCCGCCGCCUCCGUACCAGCAGCGUGUGGGAGGAAUGAAGGUGACGGGGUUGUCUCCUCACGCUCUGCUGAUGACACACGGCCAGGGGGUCCUGACGGGUCCGAAAUACAACCGGCGGAACAACCCCGAGCUGGAGAAAAGGAGGAUCCACUUCUGUGACUACCCAGGCUGCACCAAAGUUUACACAAAGAGCUCCCAUCUAAAGGCACACCAAAGGACACACACAGGCGAGAAGCCGUACCGCUGCACAUGGGACAACUGCGACUGGCGUUUCGCCCGAUCGGACGAACUCACCCGACAUUACAGGAAGCACACCGGCGCCAAACCCUUCAAGUGCGUCGCCUGCAGCCGCUGUUUCUCACGCUCGGACCACCUGGCUCUGCACAUGAAGCGUCACCAGAACUAACGCAGCGGCGCUACGUAUACAAACCUUCACAAACACAAACUGAAGUAUGCACACACGACAGUCUAUCCCAUGCAAAAUCAUCCUUUUGAUUGGCGUUUAAUCUGGUGCUAACAAAGGUUGAGUGCCAGCAGGCAUCAAGCGCUCUCCCACAAAUAUUAAAGCCUUGACGUCUGAUUGAUCUCAGAAAACUUUCUUCUGCUUCACACAGUCCUUUUUAUCAUUUUGACAUUAUGAACUUUUAAAGAGAGACGCAAGCAAUCUCCUAUUUCCUGUCUGUGUAAAUAUUUGUUAAUAUGUGUGUGUAUGUGUGUGUUUGAGAAUACAAUGAAUGUAUUGAAAUUCAUACUUGACGACUUUUAUUUUCACUGAAUGUUGACAUGAGUGAUAUUCCAUGAUGUAACUUCCUUGUGAUAAAAACUCCUGAUAUUGGGCUGAAGAAAAUGAUAAUAAUCAGCUGAUGCAGUCGGGGAACUCUCCAUUGAACAGUUAAUCAUCGCCUCGCGUUGCCUGUUUCAGCAUAAGUAAUACCUGUUGAGCUCGGAGAGCAGAGCGAUUUGCCAAUGUUUGUAUCAUGAUAUUACCUGUUGCCACAGCAACCACACUCCCUUGACAACUUGCAGUUUCUAUCCAGUGCUUUCUUUACCCUUCCCUUCCUUUCUUUUUAGUUCCACUGUAUUUGUUCAACUCAUGAUACAUAGAUGUGGAUUGAUAAUCCAGUUAUGCAAUGAGCUUUGUGUUCCUGCGUGUUUUAACGAAAUCACGUGGCUGGUAAACUGCAGCCGGUCCUGGUAAGGGGUAGAAUAAAGCCCACUUAUUUGCCAGUCAACCGUCAGUUGAAGCUUCUGGGGUUUUUUAGAUACGGUUGCAGUAGCACAUAACAAGAUUUAGUGGUACCUGAGCUCACACAGAAACUGCUGAGAUGGACUUGGGAUUCUUUUACAACUGGCUCUGCUUUGCUCCUGACCUCCUGAAGAGUGGUACACUUCUAGCAUCGUACCCAUUGUUCAGUCUUGCCUUUUGAAACCACACGAGAAUUUCAUGACCACUUAUUGGUCAGCUUCUUCUGUGUGCUUUGGCUUGGUGUUAAUCCUGCCUACUCUUAGUCCUUAAAUCCACUCCCCCAAGUCCUGCCAUUCCCAUUCUGGGGUCCUGUUUUGGUUCAGCAUGCUUUUCCUCCAGGAGGUUCACACCAGAUGAUUCAAACAAGACGCAUAGGUGUAAAAGCGCCCUUCAAAGUCAGACUCUUACAGAUGUAAUCUUUUUGCUCAUGUUGAAUGAGCCAUUAGAACGUUGUGGUGUUGUAUUUCUCUCUGGAGGCAUCCUCUCUGCGUUUGCAUUUCCUUCACUUGUUUUCACUUCGCUUUGUUGGGGAAUUUUUUUGUCCGCAUUCUCUCCGCAGGGGGUGUGUUGAAGGGGUGUGUUGGAAUCAGCCAAUGACAACACAGGGAUCUGAGGACUAUCUAAAAACAGAAUGGAAACUAGUCCCUGAUCGCUGCGUGGAGGUGUGCACUAUAAACAUUCAGACUCUCGUUUGCAGAACAGAAAUGUUCACAUAAAGUCUGACGACGCAGGAAGCUUUCUCAGUUUUCCUUCAGGUGUUUGUUUUUACUUUAGGAUAUAUUUACAGUCAAAUAAUUAAUAUUUUCUUUUUAUUUAUCUGAUUAACUGCCUUGAACUGCCACAGUCUCCCUGUUUUUGAACACUCGCUCUUAAAAAGUAGCCCCUUUGUGUGUUGGGCUUUUUUAUCUUUGGGAUAGUCUACACCUGGUUUAAAAAGUCAGAAGCGCCCUCUGCAGACCUGGAAUGUAACUGCAGCACUUCAAAGAAGCGCUUGUUUACAUUUUGAUGUCCAAGUAGAAACAAUAAUCAAGUUAUUGCUUUUACAAUUGCAUUAUUUGGCCCUCUUGCUGGCAUAUAUACUUAUCUCCAUUUGGUCACAUGCAAAGAUGAAGUUUCUAUUUUAAAAAACACAAUCUAAUAAUUUCAGUUCACCUUUAAGUUGAAUCAAAAUUUUUAAUCGUGGACUAUUUUCAGUGUGAAACAGUAAAUCGGCAUCCUUCUCUGAAGCCCAGACGUCAGUCUCGGUCGCAGUGACAGCAUCGCUGCACUUGCACAGCUUUAAAGUGCUGUUGUUUCUUUUCCGGCCUGAAGGUGGCGCUUGUGUGAAACGUACGACCCCAGGUGGAAAGUUCGUCCCCCAAAAAAUGCAUCCUGAUGCUUUUAAAACUACAAAGGUCACAACAGAUACAGCAGAUCAGGCAUUUUCUUCCCGAUGUUGGAACAUUUUAGCAGUUUAAUGUCCCAUUCGUGUCGUGCUGAGACUGAAAAUCUCCAGCCGGUCCUCUGUGGAGGGUCAAAAGCAUGGCAUACUGACGUACCCAAGUCUUUCCACUGAAUGUUGAUUUAGAUUAAACUAUUCCUGUUAUUUCAACGUUGUGAUUGUGAUGUUUGUUUCGUCCCAAAGGAAACAAGUUCUCCUGUUUCUCUCAAGGAGGGAGCGCUGACCACCCACUGUGUACAUAACUGUAGUUUUCAGUUUUAACAUAACAUGUAAAUAUUUGUUUGAACUCUUGUUCUAAUAUUAUUUUCCCCUUUUUUUAUCUAUAAUGGGAUUUUGGAUCAGUUGUAUGUGAGAGCUUGUUUAAUUUUCUUUUUUUUUAUAUUCAAUGUGUGUAAGAAAACUAUCAAAUUGUUAAUGUACAAAUGAAUAAGAACAAUGUUAAUGGGUUAUUUGUGCAGCUGCGAUGAAAUAAUAAAAAAAUUCACAAAUGA